UUCCGGGCCGCCGCAAUGCCGCACGACCCGGUCGCAUACUCGCAUAGUAUCUGUGACGUCGUUUCCAUCCGUCUCGUUUGUCUGUCAUUCUUUCUCGCCGCCACUCGUCUCACAUACUCAUAUCCAUCCCGGUCUGUACGGCACUGCAUUCGUUUUAACACAGCCCACAAAAAUCUACAACAUACAAAAAUGUAUUCCUUAGCCAAAGCCGUCGCACCCGCUGUCCGCUCCGCCAUCCUCUCCAACUCCAGGGCAUCUAUUGUCAGGCCAAUUAGCAGCAUUGUCUCAAAUGGACCCAGCACCCAAAACCAACAAACUCCCAGUGCCAUUAUUUCCAACGGAAGCUUGGUAAAUGCUGUCAGAGGAUUCCAAACAUCAGCUGUGUCAAGAGAUAUUGACUCUGCUGCAAAAUUCAUUGGUGCUGGUGCAGCCACAGUAGGAAUUGCUGGAUCAGGAGCUGGAAUUGGAACCGUUUUUGGAUCCUUAAUCAUUGGUUACGCACGUAACCCAUCACUCAAACAACAACUUUUCUCUUAUGCUAUUUUGGGAUUUGCUCUGUCUGAAGCCAUGGGUCUCUUCUGUCUCAUGAUGGCUUUCUUAUUGUUAUUCGCUUUCUAAGUCGUCUCACGAUGUCUUUCGUCAUUCAUUAAGCAAAAAUAAAAACAUCCCAUUACAUAAAACCAA